UGCGUUUCGCCUACUCAAAAACUUGUUCUUUAUUAUUGCUGGUGGUUUUUGCUUUGGGUUUUCAUAUUACUUCUAAAUCACCAGCCAUUUCUUGUCGAUAAAAAGAGGUAAAAGAACAAAAACUAACCCCAAAAGAAGACACAAAAAACAACAUCAUGGUCGGCUUUAGAACCUUGUUUGUGUGUUUGCUGUUGUUUUUUGUGGUAGCAAAUGCCGAUGUCGAUGAGGAUGAAUACUGGCGGACUCGUGCCACCGAAGCUCAAAAAGUGGCUCAAGAUGCCUACAAUCCGGACCCUGAAAUUGUUACCGACAACUUGAAUGCCGCUGUUAGCCGGGUAAUGAUCGGUCGCAACAGUACGAGAAGGAGUCUGAAUUACAAGGGACCAUGCUUGGCGACGAACCCUAUCGACCGAUGUUGGAGAUGCAAUCGAAAUUGGGCCAGGAACCGAAAGAAGCUAGCGGAAUGUCCAUUGGGGUUUGGCCACAAAACCAUCGGUGGAAAGAGAGGACCAAUCUACGUCGUGACAGACGCAUCCGACGAUGACUUGAUUAACCCUAAGCCUGGAACCUUGCGCUACGGCGUGAUCCAAAAAGGCCCACUUUGGAUCAUCUUCGGGCGAAGCAUGAUCAUCAGGCUAUCUCAAGAGCUAAUGAUCUCAAGUGACAAGACCAUCGACGCUCGUGGCGCCAAUGUCCACAUUGCGUACGGUGCUGGCCUCACCAUUCAAUUCGUUAACAAUGUGAUCAUCCAUAACCUUCACAUCCACGACAUCGUCUCAAAAUCAGGUGGAAUGAUUAGAGAUUCUGUGGAUCAUUACGGGUUCAGAACACAAAGCGAUGGGGAUGGCAUCUCCAUCUUUGGCUCUAGUCAUGUUUGGAUCGACCAUAUUUCCAUGUCCAAUUGUCAAGAUGGUCUCAUUGACGCUAUUAUGGGUUCCACUGCAAUCACCAUCUCCAAUUGUCAUUUCACUCACCACAACGAGGUGAUGUUGUUCGGAGCGAGCGAUAGCUACGCAGAAGACGCGAUUAUGCAAAUAACGCUUGCAUUCAACCACUUCGGGAGGGGAUUGGUGCAAAGGAUGCCAAGAUGCAGGUGGGGUUUCUUCCAUGUUGUUAACAAUCACUACACCCAUUGGCUUAUGUAUGCGAUUGGCGGUAGCCAACAUCCUACCAUUGUUAGCCAAGGCAACCGUUUCAUUGCUCCUCCAAACCCCAAUGCCAAACUGGUAACAAAGAGAGAAUAUGCUAUGGAGAGUGAAUGGAAGAAAUGGUCAUGGAGAUCCGAAGGAGAUGCGCUGGUGAAUGGAGCAGUGUUUAUUCCAUCAGGAGAUCAAACCAAAGGAAAGAGGAAAGGCUUAUCGAGAUAUGAUAUGAUUUCUUUCAAGCCGGGAACCUACGUCCGUAGACUUGUACGUUUCGCUGGCACACUUGCAUGCGCCCCACGCAAACCAUGCUAGCAUUUUUUUUUUUCUUUCACUUCUGUUAUUUUUCUGUUCUUUUUUUCUUUUGUUACAAUUAAUUUCUUUUAGAGAUAAAAAACUACAGAAUUUUGAAAGGCUUUUAUUUUAGCCUCUUUCCAGUCCAGUCUCGCCAUUCACCUCAGUCUUUUAGGAAAGAAGGAAGACAAAAUCUUUUGCCUUGUCAAGUCCUCUCUCUUUGUGUUUUCCUUU